GUGCAAUGACGAUUCCCUUUACCCUCCUCAUUUGUUUGGGGUUUGUCUCUACGUCUCUGGCGGAUAAUGGGGAGUUGAGUGGUGGGAAGCAGCUGCUGAGUCGUGGCUUCUUUUCCUGGGCUAACUGCGGGAGUAAGAAGAACCCUGCAGUCCUUGAGGCUCUGUCCAUCCAACCAGAUCCAAUCAACCUUCCUGGGGACCUUCAAGCCAGUGCAACAGCUUCCACCAGUGUUACCCUUGAAGCGCCUUUAACAGUUAAUUUAACAUUGCACAAGGAAGAAGCUGGCAUCUGGAUUGAAGUUCCUUGUUUGGGUAAAAUUGGAAGCUGCACUUACAACGAUGUCUGUGCACUGCUCAAUAUGCUGAUCCCACCGGGGCAGAACUGCCCAGAACCACUGUUUACAUACGGGCUCCCGUGUCACUGUCCUUUUAAAGCGGGUAGAUACUCUCUUCCAAACACUGAGUUCAACAUCCCUUUUGUUGAAUUACCAUUUUGGAUGACCAGUGGGAACUACAAGGCCAUGGCAGUGCUGACCAGCAACCAGGAAGAGCUGGCAUGUGUCAAAGUCUCCUUUGCUCUAAAGGCCAAAUGAUCAGAUCAAUCAAGUGUAAUUUCUUCUCAUAAGCUUCUUGAAAACACAACUCAAGAAAUCAUCCGCACUGCUUUUUGUUUACUUCUGUCUGCCAAGUUUUCCAAGAACAAUAAGGCGUUUAAUUUGUUCUUUUUUCCUUCUUUCUUCUGACCAUAAUAGUUGUUCUGUAGCAGUGUUAUUUUGUUAUUUCAGCUUCCAACCUUUUCACCAAAAUUGGUUUCAUUUAGCACAUGUAAAGGGCCAACUGUUAAAAGAACACAGUCUGUCCCAGUCCCAGAGGAAAAUUGCAAAUGAUGGAAGUUCUUCAUGAUCAGGUGCAUUUGAAGUAAACUGUUGCUAUUGGUAGCAUCUUGCUCUCCCCUAACACUCACCAUUCUUGCCUUGGGGGGGGGGGGGAGUUUUGGUUUUGGAAAGAAUAGGGUACAGAUGAGAUGAUUAAUUUGUGAGCUCCUGAUCUAUCAGAUGCUGUGCUUAGCUCUGGUGCUACUCCACAUUUGAACAGAGGUGUGGAAGCAAGAACCAGAAACCUAGUCUCAGUGGAACAGUUUUCCAUAUAGUAGAAUCACAGUAGUUUCUUUCACAGUCAGAUCGAAAUACCCUCUAUUCCCAUCAGUAUUUUAACUGUUCAGAAACUAACCCAUGAGAACACUUUCAGCCUGAAAUGAGGGGACUGUGUGCCAAUAGAGCUGGUCUCAAAUAUCACUUUUGGCCUUCAGAACAGCAAAUGUUUCUGAUUUGUUUCACACUAACCCACCAGAUAAGUAAAGGCCUCCCUGCCAACUUUGCAUGUGCUUUGAGUAAAAUUAUAAGAUCCCCAACCCUUCCUGUUGGAUAA